AUCAAGACCAUCACGAAGCAGACAAAUGCGAGGCACGAUUGUACGACAGUGCAGUGCACAACCUUACGUGCGUCAUGGAGCAGGUCAAACCUGCCGUGGAAUUGAGGUGGUUCCGUCUGUUUUCGGGCGGGGCAUUGGAACUCGAGGCCUCCACAACAGUCAAACUUGUAGUUCUACCGGCCUACACGGGGUCCUCGUUGAGGAACAACACCUAUUCAACGUCAGCAUCUGUCCAAGUCACAGCCUCUGCGGACGAUGAGGAAGUAUUCAUGUGUGAGGCAGUGGGUGCUGUUGUCGGCAGAGACGCACGCAUGAUAGUACACAUCCCCAAAACUCACCCCACAAAGGCAACUUACGAUGACAUUCAGUCUUACAACAAUCCAGGUAGAUAGCAGUGUCAUGUCGGGGCCAAUUUUGAGGGGA